AUGGACAAUUCCAAAUCCUUCGUUAUAUCCUAUGCCCUCUUCGCUGCAUUAGCCGUUGCUAUUUUGCACUUGGUGUACAAACGGAUCAGACUCAGCAUCGAACGUAGCAAGUUCAAGAAGGCAUACAACUGUCAGCCGGUACCCAAGUACCCGCAUAAGGAUCCUAUCUUUGGCUAUGACUACUGGAGUGCCCUCAACAAAGCUGCCGAAUCACAAACUCUCCUCGAAUGGAUCCGCAAGCAAUAUCAACAACACGGAAAUACCUACUAUGCGCGCCUGCACACCACCAAUGUAAUCAGCACCUGCGACCCCGAAAACCUCAAGGCAAUGCACUCGACCAAUUUCAAAGAUUUCGCCAUCGAUGCUCGCAGAAAGCUGGCAUUCAUCCCCUUAUUAGGGGCUCAUAGCGUCCUGCUUGCAAACGGACCGGUAUGGGAGCAUAAACGAGCCAUGCUAAAGCCUAGCUUUAGCCGAGAUCAGUACACCAACCUGCCUCUAUUUGAACGCCAUGUCCGCCACCUUAUCCAAGCAGUCAAAAGAGAGGGCGCAGGGGGAAAGCAGAUAGACCUUGCAGAUUUCUUCCUUUGCCUGACAGUUGAUAUCACAUCAGAACUGAUGUACGGAACUUCAAUUGGCCUCCUUCUCAGCGACAACAAGGAUCUCGUGCAUGAUAUGACACAGGCUGCUGAGGGUGGACAUGCUCGCUGGCUGCUUGUCAUCCUUGCAAAGAUUAUCGGGAACUCCACCUUCACAAACUCCGUUAGCAGUGUACGGAAAUUCAUGGAACGAUUUGUUGAUGAGGCUAUAGCCUACCGUAAUUCCACGAGCACCAACGAUCUUCUGUCAAAGUCACCCCGAGCCAAAUCCGAGCCUGAGGACGUAUCCGAAUCGCCGGAAACAUCAGAUAGGGUAAUUUACCUCAGGAAGCUAGCCCUGGCAACCUCUGAUAGAGAAGCCCUUAUGGACGAGUUGACAACUAUUCUGUUCGCCGGUAGAGACACAACUGCUGCCCUUCUGACCAACUUGUUCUUCUUACUCUCUCGACGCCCUGACGUCUAUGCUAAGCUUCGAGCUGAAAUUGGGACACUGGGUGGUCGUAAACCAACGUUCAAAGAACUCAAAAGCCUGACAUACUUGCAAAACUGUCUGAGCGAAGCACUCCGCCUACAUCCUGUCAUUCCAAUCAACACUCGGAUGGCCAUUGCUGACACUGUCCUCCCUUCUGGUGGCGGUAUCUCUGGCAAAUCACCCAUCUUCGUGUCUGCCGGAACUAAUAUCGCCUUUCACGUCACCGCCUUGCAUCGACGUAAGGAUCUCUGGGGGGAAGACGCCGACGAAUUCCGCCCUGAAAGAUGGGAGCAGAUAAAAGGCCAGGGGGCAUGGAUGUAUCAGCCGUUCGGUGGAGGGCCCAGGAACUGCCCUGGCCAGCACCUGAGCCUGACCGAGGCAGCAUACACAACCAUGAGGCUUGUAGAAGAGUUCUCUCGCAUAGAGAGCCGAGAUGAUCAACCUUGGACGGAGCGCAUUGCCUUGACAUGUACAAAUGCGAAUGGCGCAAGAGUUGCGUUGGUAGAUGCAUAA